AUGCCGCCGCAACGCACUCGGGCGGGUCAAUCCCUUCCGCCCCAGGCCAAGUCUCUACGCAAUCUAGCAUGUGUGAAUUGCCAGCAGCGCAAGGUCAAAUGUGACCGAGGAUCCCCUUGUGCAAAUUGUCUAAAGCACCGCACACAGUGUGUUCCAGCGACACAGACUCGCCCAAGAAAACGUCGUUUCCCUGAGCGAGAACUCCUGGGCCGUCUACGGAGGUACGAGGAACUGCUCCGACAGAACCAUGUGCGGUUCGAUCCCCUUCAUAAUUAUCCAGGCAGCACCGGCGAUGAAGGUGGUGAGUCUUCCGAAGAGGAUCAGCAGCGGAGUGAGCAAAACAAUUCCUCUCCAGCCCCGGCAAGCUCAGCAAGUGCAUAUGAGCCUAAGAAUCUGUGGCAGGCUAUGAACCAAGGGCUUCGUUAUAAUAAACGGCAUAAUCCUCCAAAUGAGGGUCUGCGCGAAGCUGUGGUUAGAAUGUCGUGGGAUCAAUGCUUUGAAAAUGAUGAUCACAUAAUUCUCGGCUCCCGAAAGGCAUCAGUUGAUCUGGCAACCAUGCACCCUGAACCAGUUCAUAUCAUCAGGCUUUGGCAGUUGUACCUCGAUAAUGUCAACCCACUGCUUAAAGUGACCCACACCCCCAGCCUACAAGGAAAGAUCAUCGAAGCUGCUACCAAUACUACGGGCCUUGAUCCUCACCUUGAGGCUCUCAUGUUUAGCAUAUAUUGCAUAGCUAUUCAAAGCCUGACUAACGAUAAUUGCCAAUCAACAUUUGGAUUGUCAAAGACUGAUCUUUUGGCAAAAUAUCAAUUCGGGUGUCAGCAAGCUCUACUGAAUUGCCGAUUUCUGCGUACUGAUAGCCGAGUGUGCUUGACGGCGUUAUGUCUCUUCCUGUUGUCUCUUCACUUGAACACUAAUCCUCAGUCCCUAUCAUCAAUGCUUGGAAUGGCAGUUAGAAUUGCCCAACGUAUAGGCAUACACAGUGAACCCUUCCUGGCUAAAUACAGCGUUUUUGAGGCAGAAAUGAGCCGCAGGCUCUGGUGGUUCCUUGUGAUGCUUGACGCUCGUAUGAGCGAACUGUCAGCGGCCAAAACAUCCACUCUCAACCCUACAUGGGACUGCAAACCUCCUCUAAAUAUCAACGAUUCUGAUAUCUGGGUGGAAAUGAAGGAGCCGCCGACCGCGCAGGUCAAACCGUCCGAGGCAGUAUUCCACGUUUUACGCAGUGAAUUAGCCGAUUAUGUUCGACACUCACCAUUUCAUCUCGAAUUUUUGAAUCCGGCCUUAAAGCCCAUUGCUAGGCAGCUUCCAAAUGGGGGGGACGUAGCCACGUUUGAAAAAAGGAUCGAGGACGAGUAUCUUAGGCAUCUUGACCAAGAUAAUCCACUUCACUUUAUGACAAUUUGGACAGUCCGGGCACAACUUUCUAAAUGCCAUAUCCUGCAAAGCUAUGCGGAAUACUUUGACUCUUCGAUACCCAAGACUGAUGCCGAACGCGAUGCUACUGUUGCACAGGCCUUUCGCCAGCUCGAAUGUGACACGAAAAUUCUCACCUCACCUCUCAGCAAAGGGUACGCGUGGAUUCUUCACAUGUACUUUCCUUUCCCAGCCUACGUUCAAGUCAUUCAAGACUUGAAAAAACGCUCUGAUAACAAUCACGCUGAACUUGCUUGGGAAGUUAUGAAUGACAACUAUGAGGUUCGAUUCAACUCUCCUACUGGCUUUGAUGGUCCUUUGUUCGCGAUAUUUGCCAGACUCGUUCUCGAGGCUUGGGAGAUUCUCGAACCAACUUUCAAACAGUCGGGCAUGCAAAUGCCCCCUCCGAAGAUUGUUCUCAGUAUCAAGCAAAGAUUAGCAGACAUGACCAAGGACAUUUCGACUCCCGAUACCGGACCUCCUGAUGAUGCCCUAGACACUUUACUAAACCAGUCACCAAUUCCGAUGCCCCCGAGCACAGGAGUCGGCCCGGGCAUGGGAAUGGGUUUCGGAGAUGAUAGUUUCCUAUCUGGCAUGGCUGGGCAAGCCGGCUUCCCGUGGUCGGAUCCGCGAUUAUUAGCCAACGUACCAGGGCAGGCACCCAUGCCUUGUGAUUUCAAUCAUCUCAAUUGGGUAUCGAUGGUCUGGGGUUUACGUGAAGCUCGUGGGUGGUGA